AGAAAAAAGAAAAAAAGAAAAAGAAAUGUAACAUUUCAAUUCUGCCAUAGUUGGGAUCGUAAGGGGUUGCCACCUAGAAUUGCUUCAAAAUCAGAAGACUAGAAAUGGCUUGUUGUGUUGUAUCCUCCUCUAACUGCCACCUGUUCCUACCGUCCACCCCCAACCGAGCAGAAAAACUUGGGUGAACAAAACCAAAAACAAAACCCACAUCAACUUUCCUCUGAAACUGGAACUAAAACCUUGUAUCAAUGGACAAGAUAGUGAUUUCUCUAGGAGUUCACAAGAAAUUCAAGAAACAUAGCAAGAAGAAGGGACUCCUCAAGAAAGUAAUUCACUAUCUCAAGUCAGAUACUUACAUGUUUGCUCCCUUGGUCUCUCCUCAACCCUCUGAUUUCCUACCAAGAAACACGCUUCCUACCGGAGUUGAGAUUAUGAAAUCCACAAAGAAAGACCAGAAAUUACUAAAGAAGGUUGGGGAGUACCUGAAAUCUGAUUGUUACAUGUAUGCCCCAUUGAUUUGUCGUAGACCAUCGCAUGAUUUUGAUGCUAACAUUGUCAUUCCUCCUUCUGGUACAGAUUUUUUGUUUUCUGUUUCUGUUUUCUGUCAUUUUCUUUUUUCUUAUUUAUUGUUGUUGUUAAAUUACUAUUUAACUAGACUUUCUGCUUGUUUCUUGUUUUUCUUGAUGGGGGGUUUUUGACGGGUCACCAGGUGCUUGAAUAAUUGUUUCUCCUAGUGUAGACUGUUUCAAUGCCACACUUAAACAUGCUCUGUUAUGGCCUGCUAUGUGUUGGGCAACUCAAUGAGAUUACUCUUCUAGAUAUAGAGACUUUGAAGGGCCAAAUGGUAAACUUGAGUUGUGAUCUUGAUUUAAGACAGUAGGUGGUAUGACAAAUAGACUCAAACCCAUUUAGUAUAGCUUCCUACAAACUAAAAGUUGAUAAUCAGAAACUAAGGCAUCCCUACCUUAGCUUUCUAAUAAUAAGUAUUUUUUUCCUAAGAGUUUAUGUUUUGGGGAUAAUUGGUGAUUUAAUGUGGUAUCAGAGAUCUAGUUUCAGAAGGUUCUCAGUUCAAAUCUUGUCAGUGCCAUUAUCUCUAUCAUUGUGUACUAGGUACUGUCUGUUGUCAUACACCUUAUUGUCUUGAUCUGUUUUAUUCUUAAAAUAAAAAUUUGCAUUUCAUGUACCUUUGCUUAGGAGAUGAGCAACACACUGAAAAUAUAUAUCACUUGCUUUGGAUGACUCCAAAUUCUCUUGUUUUCCUUAUCUCUUCAUUGUAUUAACAAGCCAUGAAACAUACACACAUUCAGUAAUGCUCUUAGCUUUUGCAUCAUAUUGUCCUGCAAUUCUAGCACCUAGAAAACAUAUCCAGAAAAUUUUACGAACUACAUU